AUGCCACAAUCUUCGUGCAAGAACUUCAAAGUGCAAGGACAUAAUGUCAACUUGCACCUGUGGAUCAAGUUAGUGGGCGGUGCUAAUAGAAGCAGUGAGGAACUUGCCGGUAUAAGUGAGCCGAACAUUGAUGAUGGCGGUUCCUCAGUACGUGAUGACGAGUCCCCACUUCUGCCUGUUAUCAGCGAAGGCAAGGCGGACUCUACGACUGAGCUCAAAGAGAGACUGCAUCUGAUAGAGAAGAACUGCUUGGGGCUGGAAAAGUUAUACCAAAAUACAGACUUCGUUGGCUGGAGGAAAAAUAUUGAGUAG